CUGCAGGUGAGAAAAUUAACGUUGGAGCGGAGAGCAAGGCCCAUAUCGCACUGAAGAAAAACUUAAAAUAAUACGUUAUUGAGGCCGGUUACCAAGAUACAGCCUUAAAACAAGAUCUAAAGAGCAAUCGAGUUGGCUCGAGCCUCAAAAUGUCCUGCUCUGGUAUACACUUUGAGAGGAGGAGGAGGAGGAGGAGGAGUAGGUGAAAAGCACUAAGUUGUCGUUGCCCAGAGCAGCUUGACUUCAAACAGAGUUCUCCACCCGUUGAGGCUGCUCACGUGACAGGCGACGGCUCCGUACUGCGCAUGCGUGCUCCAGACUACGGCGGCCGAAGCAGUCCGUGUUUUUACGGGAGUGCUCCUCCCCGCCCCCUCACCAAGGCUCUCCGAUCUGUUUCCAUCUCGAUGUCGAUAUCCCUCUCCCUCCUCCCCCACACAAUCGGGCCGUUUUGUGAUUGCUGCCGAGGAGCAAGACUGUUUCCAGAGGAAGCCUGGCCCAGGUUGAUGUUUCUUCACAAGAGCCCUAUGGUUAGUUUUCAAAAUAGACCAGUUACAGAACUAUGCUGCCAAACUACUAACCAUCCCAACUGGCCUGAACAAGACCAUUCACAAACCACUGAUUGGCUCCUGGAAAGCCAGACCAAAAACUAUUGACGAUCCACAAUAAUCUGAAAUCAAUCUAUCUUCCAGUUAGCAAGGAAUCUGUGACAAUGGACACAGAAUCCACAUAUUCUGGAUAUUCCUACUAUUCAGGUCGCUCCAAGAGCUCUCACAGACAUGGUGAAAGGAGCCGAGAUCGGCAAAGAUCAAGAAACAAAGAUAGUAGCCGGUCUGAGAAAUCUGUUACCAUCCAAACACCACCAGCAGAGCCUCUGCUUGGCAAUGAGUCAACUCGUGGAGAUGAGACAGUACAGGAUGAUAACUGGGGCGAAACCACAACAGCCAUUACUGGGACAUCGGAACACAGUAUAUCACAAGAAGACAUUGCGAGGAUCACAAAGGAUGUGGAUGAUACUGGGCUAGACUGUACCCGACAUUUAGGGAUAGCCAUUGCUGCUGUGCUCGGAAUAUUGGUCUUUUUAACUCCCAUUGCCUUUAUGGUUCUUCCUCAAGUUCUUUGGCGUGAAGUACUUGAACCUUGUGGUACUGUAUGUGAAGGGCUUUUCAUCUCUGUUGCCUUCAAGCUUCUCAUCCUUCUCAUUGGAACGUGGGCACUCUUCUUCCGCAAGCCAAAGGCACAGAUGCCACGUGUUUUUGUGUUUCGGGCACUCCUGAUGGUGCUAAUAUUCGUGUUUGUGGUUUCUUAUUGGCUUUUCUAUGGAGUACGCAUUCUAGACUCAAGAGAUCCAAAUUACCAAGGAAUUGUUCAGUAUGCAGUUUCACUGGUAGAUGCCCUCUUGUUUAUCCACUACCUGGCAAUUGUACUUCUGGAACUGCGUCAACUGCAACCCAUGUUCACUGUCAAAGUGACCCGAUCAACUGAUGGGGAAUCUCAUUUCUACAGUGUAGGCGUACUGAGUAUCCAACGAGCUGCCCUUGUCAUUCUGGAGAAUUACUACAAGGAUUUCACUGUCCACAAUCCAGCACUCUUGACUGCUGCAAAAUCUCGUGCAGCCAAACAUAUGGCUGGACUGAAAGUCUACAAUGUGGAUGGUCCUGGAAACAAUGCAGCUGGACAGUCUCGUGCAAUGAUUGCUGCAGCAGCGAGAAGGCGUGAUUCAAGUCACAAUGAGCUGUACUACGAGGAAGCAGAGCAUGAUCGGAGGGUGAGGAAGCGACGUGCAAGAUUAGUGGUAGCAGUUGAAGAGGCUUUUACUCACAUUAGGCGGCUUCAGGAUGAUGAGCAACAGAAAGCUCCUGGAGAGGUGAUGGAUCCUUUAAAUGCAGCACAGUCCAUCUUCCCUUCAAUGGCGAGAGCAUUACAAAAGUAUCUCCGUACCACCAGACAGCAACACUACCAUACCAUGGAGAGCAUCCUGCAACACCUGGCAUUCUGUGUUACUAACAACAUGACUCCAAAGGCCUUUUUGGAGCGUUAUCUGAACCCAGGACCUACCCUUCAGUAUGAUAAGAACAGAUGGUUGGCCAGUCAGUGGACAUUGAGUAGCGAAGAGGCUGUGACCAAUGGCUUGAAGGACGGCUUGGUUUUCACUCUGAAAUGUCUUGACUUCAGCCUGAUAGUGGUCGUGAAAAAAAUCCCUUUCAUCAAACUCUCUGAGGAGUUCAUUGAUCCAAAAUCUCACAAGUUUGUGCUGCGUCUUCAGUCUGAGACAUCAGUAUAAACUCUUCAUGCCAAGGACAAACAUGGCAGAUCAGUCAGAUAAUCCAACUGCACUUUGGAUGGGGAAGGGUUUUAUAUUUUGACCAUGUUUAGAUUUCUUUUCCUAAAUACUGGAGACCUAAACUUGUAUAAAUCUUCAAGAAAAGGUACUCCACCUAUCAUGUGCUUGCCUCUUUUACCCUAAUUGGGAACUGUAUCAGCCUACUUCCAGAUACCAGCAUUAUAGCAAUGGACCUCUAGAAACUGAACAUUUUCUGUUUUGAGAGAAAUGCACUGUCUUUCUAUUUGUUUCUAGAGACUCAGUUCUUUGUAUGUAGACCAUCUUGCCCUCUGGAGAAAGUUCUUUGGAAGCUCUGUGUGUGCGUGUGUUUCUCAAGAUUUGGGCUUUCAUUUGAAGAGACUGGUGACACUGGCUAUCGGUGGUGAUUUCUAGAAAACUUUCUGCAAAUGAAGAUGUAGAUAAAUCCCAUCUUUCCAGUACUAGUGUUCUAGAAAACCAGCUUUUCCCAGGCUAUAUGCCUGGAAGAUGUGGUUCACAAAUGUAGACUUGCACAGUGUAAGCAUUGUUACAAUAUAGAUAGUGUUUAUCCAGUAUGUGGAGUUUAUGUAGAUGUAUUACCUUAGGCAGGUAAUGUAAAGAUACGGAAGAAAUUCCCCCUCACCAUUCCCCCCACCCGCCAAAAAAAACUAACACUAAAUUGGAAAUGGUCUCGAUUACAUCACGUUGAGGGUUUGGGAAGUGCUUGAAUAAAGAAACACUUAAGAUGUGUUUAGGACAUUAGAGCACAUUUGUACAGCAAAGAAUGACCAUUAGGUUGAUAUUUUUUGUUUUUUUUUACUCAUGCACACUAAAAUCAGUAACAUGUAUUUCUGAAAGGUUCAGGCAUGUAAGAUACUCCAUAUUUCCAUCUUGUUUAAUAUCCUGGGAUCUGCCCAGUAGAAACUGCAUUCUUUAACUGAGGACUGUGUAUCCGUUUCCUUCACAUUUUUACCUCUUGUAGUGCAAUGCAAAAUGUGCCUUGCUGGCUCAUCUAUUGCCUGCAAUGCACUGCACUCCCACUUAAGGAAUUUUUAUACAAAAAUAUUUGCUGUCAGAAUUCUGAAAAAUAAUUUACUUUUUUUUUACUUUUUUUAACGGUUGUGGCCUUUGAAUCUUCUAUUUUAUUUUUUAACAGAACUUGUUUUAAGCAAUUUUUUAAUUGACAUCUUGUAAAGAAUGUUUUAUCCAAUCAGGAGCAGAGUACAGUAUUUGUCCAAUGUACAUAUCAGACCGUGCCGAGCAACUUUCUAAAUACAAACUUGGUUGCAUCAGAAAUAUGUUUGGCUUGUUUUUACCCAAAGCUAAAUCCUCUAUGGCAAUGAAUUUACUAAUUGAUCUUACAGCAUCAUUUGAUUUCUAUUGUUUAAUUUCAGUGUCUUUUAAUUUACAUACAGGUUAAUUGGUCCAGAAAAAGGUUUUUCUUCUUGAUUGAUGUGCCAUGUCAGGACAUCUUUCUCUGUCUCCUUGUUCAGUUUGCUUUAAUAAUUUUUAAUUGCUGACUCAUUCGUACAUCAGUGCAAUGCCAAGCACACAAGACUGGCAACCUAGUAACUUGAGGUAUAAAGUUGCCUCCUUCAAAAUGUUGAGGCUGCCUGUCAUUUGAUUGAUCUGGGCCAUGAAUGAUGCAACAUUAAAAGCUAAAUACGGUCUUUUAGCUUUUAGUUUGAUGUUAAUUCAUGCUUCUACUAUCUACUCAGUUGCUAAGUAGUAUUGAGGUGACCAUAAAGAAGUUCAAGGCAGCUUAAGUACAUUUCACAAUCCUAACUUGCACAUAAGGAGUGAAAAUGUAGGACAAAGUAAGUAGGGGUGGGGGGGGUGGUGGUGCUGUGGACGGAGGAGUAGAAGUGAACUGGUUAACUGGCUUACAAAGUUCACAUAUGUCUUUUACACAAUUUGACUAGAAUGUAAUUACAUUGAAUGUGCAUGGGACCAGAAGAUCUCUGGAGGAGCUAGGCACAGUGACAUUGAAAUAGGUACAGAGUGAACUUGGAGCAGAAAAAUAAAACUUGCCUGUCAGGUAUAGCCUUAAAGGAUUCUUGCAUCAUUUUCUGUUCCCACUAGUGGGAACAAUAUGACUGGAACAAUAUUUGCACACACAGGCUCAUCAAUUUUAAAUACAUAAGUUAAUUGCUAAGUCAAGAGAGUCUGUUCUGUUACAAGACAGGUGGUAAAUGCAUUUCCUUACGCAUCAUCUCUGCGAUAGGGUUAACUACCUCAAAUUUCAUGUAGCAUUCCUCCGAACAUACUGUUGAUUAAAUCAGUCUUGUACUUAUCACUUGAAAUGUAACCACAAAAAACAAAUGUACACUUGCUCAACAUUUCCUAGAAAAACACUGCGGGUCCAAAAGCUUAAUUUAAUAGGUUUUUUUUAAUUGUGUGCAUUUCAAGUAAAUAAACUUCUACUACGGUCAGACAUAUGUGAUAUGAGAUAAAAAUGCUCUAGUUCUGCUGGAAGGUUGCAGGAACCACAUAACAUUAACUAUCUUGAGACUCUCGGGUAUGUCUUAGAGCACUGAGAAAUCCAAGGAGUACAGAACAACCUUGAUUAUCCAAACGAGGCGAGGAGUAUUUUGUUCAGAUAACUGAUUGUUUGGAUAAUGGAUAACAUUUUUUACAGGAUCUUGAGAUCAUCUUCGGAUAAUUCAAAAUUCAGAUAAUUGACAUUUGGAUAAUCGAGGUUGUUCUGUAUUUCACUCUGAAGAAACACAAUCUGCUUUGGACAGUCUCUGAUACCUGUGUCGCUGUUCGUUCUUUGAUUUCCUGUUGCCAUUCAAUAAGGUUAUACCUGAUCUGAUUUCCCAUUCUGACAUAUCCCCAAUAAUCUUUCAGUUCCUGAGAAUUCAAGAGUGUUACUUACUCAAACCACUGUACCAUUGCCAAAGAUAGUCCUAUGACAUUCCAUCUUGUGAAUUAAUGGGGAAAGAGGUCAUAAUUAAAUCUUUAUCGAUUUCCUGUGCAAAGAAAUAAACAGAAUACUUAAUGGAAACACCAGCUUUAAUUUGUUAAACCAUAAUCUCAAUCUUGGUAUUUCCUUGAGAAUAAUGCUUUUAUUUUCAGUAGGUUUUUACCGACUGUAGAAGAGGUUGACAGAUUACAGAGCAAAACCAUUUAAGUGUUGCAUUCUGUAGCAUCAAAGCAACUAGAAUCUGCUGUAUAUACAGUUCUGUAUUCUGUUUAUCUGCAUGGAUUAGAAUGUUUGUGCACUAAGAAGCUGGCCUCCUUGAUUAACAGAAAUAUCACUGCAAAUGUUUAUUUGUGUUAUGCAACAUUGAAUUUAAAAUGCAACAUAUAAACAUUAUCAUCAUUGUAAAGCAAAAAAAAUUGGAAACAAGAUCCUACAGGAUUUUGACAGCCAAAUUCAUUGCUGUAAGAUUGAUUGGUAAACUCACGUGAGAUUUCUAGUCUUGUGAAAGUGUUAUUGAAGUGUCACUAUGUAACUACUGUACACACCUAAUUUUAUACAGGAAUUGAUUUAUAAAUGAUUUCUAUUGAUUAUCCUUGUAACCGAGCCAAGGACUAACCACCAACUUCUGCACCUUGUACGGAAAAGAACUUGUGAAUUUUAGGGUCAUUAUUUGGAGUUACUGAGUUUUUAAAUCUACUUCAAUUGAAUAGGUGCAUGAUAGACACUAACAAUUGCGUGUGUGUAUGUAGCCUUAGUAAUUUAUUUCCUUUUGAAAUCAUUCUCUAAAUUUUACAUUUUUGUAACAAACUGCAAAAUGUUAUUUCCACAUCAGGUUUUGUACAUGGAGUCUCCUGAAAAAAUAAAGAGGAAAACUAGAGUUGACCUGA